AGAAGAGUGAUGGGAGGUGGUGACGUGGCGGUGACAGAAGCAUAAACUGAAAUGAGCGGCGGAAACACUAGCCAAUCGGCAACCAAACUGGCCGGCACUCUGCAUUCCCCCGUCCUCCCAGAGCGCUAGAGACUUCAGAAAAGCGCCAAUGAGGUUGUACAUGCAUCUGAUUGGCCUUCAUCUGAGCCAAUCAAAGGCGGAGCGUGUGGACGCGUCCCACCCUGGGCUCUCACUGGGCGGAGUAGAAUGACAGGCCCGAGAGAAAUGCCAAUGUCCGCGGGGUCUUCCACAAGUGACACUCCGCGGCACCAAUCGACGUCCUCCACCCCGGUCACCGAGCCCUCCUUCCUCCGGCGGGCCUGGCGGGGCGGGGACGCUGCGCGGCGGCGGCUGAUGCGCUAGCCGUGUGGGGCGCUCGGGGCGGCGGCGGCGGCGGCGGCAGCGGCGGCUCUCGUAGGAGGUUCCGGUCCUGUAUCUCGGGGCGGCGGCGGCUCAUGGCGGCGACCGAGCUGAGAGGAGUGGUGGGGCCGGGCCCGGCAGCCAUUGCAGCUCCUGGCGGCGGCGGCGCAGGUCCCCCAGUGGUGGGAGGAGGCGGCGGCCGCGGAGACGCGGGGCCCGGCUCCGGGGUCGCGUCAGGGACGGUGGCCACGGCAGCUGCGGGCGGCCAGGGCCCGGGGGCCGGGGGAGUGGCGACGGCUGGCCCAACCCCUGCGCCGCCGGCUGGGGGCUCGGGCGGCUCGGGCGCUGGGGGUUCGGGCUCGGCUCGAGAGGGCUGGCUCUUCAAAUGGACCAAUUAUAUCAAAGGCUAUCAGCGGCGGUGGUUCGUGCUGAGCAACGGGCUUUUGAGCUACUACAGGUCAAAGGCAGAAAUGAGACAUACCUGCCGUGGUACCAUUAACCUCGCCACAGCCAACAUCACUGUGGAGGACUCCUGCAACUUUAUCAUUUCCAAUGGGGGCGCUCAGACCUACCAUCUGAAGGCUAGCUCAGAAGUGGAGCGACAGCGCUGGGUGACAGCUCUAGAACUGGCCAAAGCCAAGGCUGUGAAGAUGCUAGCAGAAUCAGAUGAAUCAGGAGAUGAAGAGUCUGUCUCACAAACUGACAAGACUGAACUGCAAAACACUCUCCGAACCCUCUCCAGCAAAGUGGAGGACCUGAGCACGUGCAAUGACUUGAUAGCCAAGCAUGGCACAGCCCUGCAGCGUUCCCUCAGUGAGCUAGAGUCCCUAAAGUUGCCUGCUGAGAGCAAUGAAAAGAUCAAACAGGUCAACGAGCGAGCCACACUUUUUAGGAUAACAUCCAAUGCCAUGAUCAAUGCCUGCAGAGAUUUCCUCAUGUUAGCCCAGACCCACAGUAAAAAGUGGCAGAAGUCACUGCAGUAUGAAAGAGACCAGCGUAUCCGACUGGAAGAAACCCUUGAGCAGCUGGCAAAGCAGCACAACCACCUGGAGAGGGCCUUCCGGGGAGCCACAGUGCUGCCUGCAAACACUCCUGGCAGCGCAGGAUCUGGUAAAGAUCAGUGCUGCUCUGGGAAAGGAGACAUGAGUGAUGAAGAUGAUGAGAAUGAAUUUUUUGAUGCACCAGAGAUCAUCACCAUGCCUGAGAAUUUGGGCCACAAACGCACUGGCAGCAAUAUCAGUGGGGCCAGCAGUGACAUUAGCCUUGAUGAACAGUACAAGCAUCAGCUGGAAGAGACGAAGAAGGAAAAGAGAACUAGAAUACCAUACAAGCCAAACUAUAGCCUCAACUUAUGGAGCAUCAUGAAGAACUGCAUUGGAAAAGAACUCUCCAAGAUCCCCAUGCCGGUGAACUUUAAUGAGCCCUUGUCCAUGCUUCAGCGCCUUACUGAAGAUCUGGAAUACCAUGAGCUGUUAGACCGAGCUGCAAAAUGUGAGAACUCUCUAGAACAGCUCUGUUAUGUUGCAGCUUUUACCGUGUCCUCCUACUCCACUACUGUCUUCCGUACCAGCAAGCCAUUCAACCCACUCCUUGGGGAGACCUUUGAGCUGGACCGACUAGAGGAAAAUGGGUACCGAUCCCUCUGUGAACAGGUGAGUCAUCAUCCCCCAGCUGCUGCACACCAUGCGGAGUCCAAAAAUGGCUGGACACUGCGUCAGGAAAUCAAAAUCACCAGCAAGUUUCGAGGCAAAUACCUCUCCAUUAUGCCCCUCGGUACCAUCCACUGUAUUUUCCAUGCAACUGGGCAUCACUACACUUGGAAAAAAGUUACUACAACAGUGCACAACAUUAUUGUGGGCAAGCUGUGGAUAGAUCAGUCUGGUGAAAUUGACAUUAUAAAUCACAAGACGGGAGACAAGUGUAAUCUUAAAUUUGUUCCUUAUAGCUACUUCUCUCGGGAUGUAGCAAGAAAGGUGACAGGGGAAGUGACAGAUCCAUCGGGAAAAGUUCAUUUUGCCCUUGUGGGGACUUGGGAUGAGAAAAUGGAUUGUUUCAAAAUACAGCCGGCUGUUGGGGAAAAUGGGGGUGAUGCUCGCCAGAGAGUCCAUGAAGCAGAGGAAAGCAGGGUCAUGCUGUGGAAAAGGAAUCCUUUACCGAAGAAUGCAGAAAAUAUGUACUACUUUUCAGAGCUGGCUCUGACUCUCAAUGCGUGGGAAGGUGGCACUGCACCCACAGACAGCCGGUUACGGCCUGACCAGAGACUGAUGGAAAAUGGGCGCUGGGAUGAAGCCAAUGCUGAAAAGCAGCGCCUGGAGGAAAAACAAAGACUUUCCCGAAAAAAGAGAGAAGCAGAAGCUAUGAAAGCCACAGAAGAUGGCACGCCAUAUGAUCCUUAUAAGGCACUGUGGUUUGAGCGGAAGAAGGACCCUGUGACCAAGGAGUUAACCCAUAUUUAUAGGGGUGAAUAUUGGGAGUGCAAAGAAAAGCAGGACUGGAACUCAUGCCCAGACAUUUUUUGAAGCACCAGUAACACAAAGGAAGCGGAUCAAAUAGAGAAGAGGACAGAGGAUGUGCAGGAAAGCUGGCAGUUGUGACUCUUACCAAGUGCUUUCCUCAAGUUUGUCUGUCUUAACCAAUCAUUUUUUCCAAAUCAAUCACCAGAAGCAGACACCAGUGGUGGUGAUUGGCUGGUUGCCUUAGCUGAUUGAUGCUGAAAUCGAUGUACUAGAUACCUUGUAAGGGAGAGGUUUAGUGGCUGAAAGUUAGUGUUAUUCCACUUCUACAAAGUCAAGUAUUCUUGGCUCUUCUUCCUCCCUCUGCCCCAUUUAAGGUGAUGUCAUUCACCCUCCCCAUGUAGUAUCCUGCUCAGCCAAGAUCUGCGUAAAAUUGUGAUUCAUGAGCAUUUUGGUGCUGUUCAGGCAAGAACUGAUUUUAAAGUUCCUUUAAAAAGAAACACACAUAAGACUUAACCAGCAGAGACAUCGAGAGUGAUUGCAGUGGAGCUUAGGUCUAACAUUGUGAAAGGUGUUCAUACAGCGUUGGUUUAAUGGGGCAUCGUGCAUAGAUAACUGAGGUAUUAAAACACCUGCAAGAGUGAUUGUUCUGUAGGGCUGGAAUAUUCAGUUACAUUCUUGGAAGUUUCUAUCUUCACUCACGUGAAACACCUGUCUGCUGUUCUCCAUCUUCUUUGGCAGCAACUGGAGGCCAUGUGGUGGUUGUUAAAAGAGUCGCAUUAUCCUCACAAAGGGGUUUUACGGACUUCCUCAGGCAGAGAACUUCUGAGAACACAGGCAGGAUGGAAAAAGACUGCUAGCCACUUCUACCUUCCCGGUUCCUCCUCGCCCCCAUCCUUCAUGCCUUUCUAGCUUCUCUCUCCUGGCAUAAUACCAAUUUGGGCCUGUGCCCCAGUCUGGAGCAAAACAUUGCCUGUCCCCUUCUGAUAAACUUCAGAAUUUGAGAGAAGUUAAUCUGGAACAAAAGUUUUCACCAUCUCUCAAGCCCCAUGGACUGGAGCCACCUCUGGAAUAAUGUGUUAAAUAUCUGUAUAUUAUAUAUAUGUAGAGAAAAAUCUAAUUUUUUGUUUGACUUUCCUCCUUCCCAUUAAGAAUCUUGGUUUUUAAUAUCACUUGUCUCCCUGGGACUCUCUUGGACAUGAGCUGGUGUGUAUUAGCACUCCUUUACUUCCAUCUUCUAGAGGCAGAUUUGAAACCUGAGCAGGAAGGAUCACGUCUAGCAGUUACAGAACAGGGACUCUGUCCAUGGUUUGUAUCUUGGCGUGCCCACUGCAGUCUGAACUCUGCUCUCCUAAUUACCCGACUCUUGAAAAUGAAAUCCUAAUCUCUUUCCUGCCUCUUUUCUGUCUUUUGUUAGGAAGAGUAUGGGUAGAAAAUCAGGAGGGUAAUUUCCUAUUUACUCCUGCCUCUGUCCAGCACGUAGGCUAAAUCCCAAAAGAACUUUCUUCCUAGGGAUGUGGGCUAAAAGCACUGUCAAAAUGGGGUGGAUCAGAGAACUGAGCCUGUUGGGACCUGGCUUCCUUCUUAUUGUAUGUUCUAUAUUUGUUUCAGUUGUCUUGUUCAGAAAUCUCCCCUGGGGAACCCACCCUUGGUUGAGGAUCACAAAUUGAGGUGCCUUCCUUGUAUGCUUUUUGUUAGUGUUUUUUGUUUUUGUUCCUUAACUGCUGAGCCUCAGCCAGUGUGGGUCCUGGGGGGAAAUAUCAUUCCAGAGGAAGCCAUCCCUCCGGGAAAUUGGAUUUUAUGGGUAAAUUAAUUAGUACUUUAAUCCUUCCCCACCAUCCCUCCUUGCUGUGAUAGACAUGAGAGAGGAGUGACUGACCGCUGGAGGAGUGUCCUCCUUUCUAAGAAUGCUUUUCCCAGCACAAGCCAGAGGUUAUGCCGGGGUUUCUUCCAAGGAGGCCCAUGGAAGCAGGAACUUCAUCUGGGGCUUUGGAUAGAGUGUGAAUUCCCCAGCUAAAUUGAACUUCCUGCUUUAUCCCCCUUUUCCUCCUUUACCAUCUGCACUACAUUUCUGAAUUGAUCCCUAGAUUUCUGCUAAUGGAAGCAGCUUAGAGUCCUUCAGGUGGAAUAAAGUCACAUGAAAAUGAAACAAAACUAUA